CAGACUCUUUGGACUCAGUCAAUGCUGGCCAGGAAGGAAAGUUCAAAAGUCCCCGGAUCUGCCCAGUACAUUAUGUCAGCUGUCAAUGACACCAACUUCAACUCUGCAGUGUUCCUGCUCACCGGGAUACCUGGGCAGGAAGACGUCUACCUGUUGAUCUCUAUCCCCUUCUGCUUAAUGUAUGUUAUUUCGAUAGUAGGAAAUUCACUCAUUCUGUUCAUUAUAAAAACAGAUCCAAGCCUCCAUGAGCCCAUGUACAUUUUCCUUUCCAUGUUGGCCAUCACAGACCUUGGCAUAUUGAUAUCCACCAUGCCAACGAUACUGGGCAUAUACUUGUUUAACUCUAGGGAGAUCAGCCUUGAUGCCUGUUUUGCUCAGCUGUUCUUCAUCCACUUAUUUCAAUGCAUUGAAUCCUCCAUUCUCCUGUUGAUGGCCUUUGACCGCUUCAUCGCAAUCCGUAACCCACUGAGAUAUGCUUCCAUCUUAACCCUGCAGAGAAUAGCCAAGGUGGGACUUGUGUUUGUGCUAAUACGGUUUGCCCUAACAGUCCCACUCCCCUUUCUCUUAAAACGGUUCCGAUACUGUCGAGCCAAUGUCCUCUCCCAUUCCUACUGCCUGUUCCAGGAGGUCAUGAAGAUGGCUUGUUCCGAUAUCACAAUCAACAGCAUCUAUGGCUUGGUUGUUACAUUCUUAACAAUGGGGUUGGACUCACUGCUCAUCUUCCUCUCUUAUGUGAUGAUCCUCAAAACAGUGCUUAGCAUCACGUCCCACAUGGAGUGCCUGAGGGCCCUGAACACCUGCAUCUCCCACCUCUGCGCCGUCCUGCUCUUCUACACACCAGAGAUCAGCUUGUCUGUGAUACACAGAUUUGGGAAGGGCUCUCCUCCCUUGCUGCAGAUUCUCCUGGGCUAUGUCUACCUGCUCAUCCCGCCUCUGAUGAACCCAAUCGUGUACAGUGUGAAAAGCAAACACCUUCGUGCGAGGAUAAUCAGGGUGUUCGUCAAGUGA